GCCGUAAAUAAUGUUUGUUUAAAAUAAUUACAACUCAAAGUAAAAUUGUUUGAAUAAAGUACGUAAAUAAAAUAUGGCUAAUAUGCUUAAUGAAAAUUUUGAAUUAUUAAAGCAGUUAUUUACUGAUUGUUUAAAUGCCAAAAACAACAUAAAGGAUACGAAAGUUGACCUGGAUGAAAAACUGAAAAUAGGAUCUUUGGAAUUUGUAGUAAUAAAAAAAAUAAAUCGUUUGGUUAAAUAUAAAGUACGUUCUGGUCGCGAGGAGUUGCAAGCUCAGAAAACAUUAGUUGACUGCAAUCGCUUACAUUUACAAAAUCUUUUAUAUGAAGUAAACUAUUUGAAACGUGAAAUAAAGCAUUGCUACAGGUUUAAAAGUCAGGAUGAAGACAUUGAUAUCUAUGAGCAAAGAACUGCUACCGUUCCAGAAUCGAAAUUGAGUCAUAAAGACCGCAUUGAGCGUUUAGAAAGAGAGUUAAAUUUGCGGAAAAAAUUGUCGGACGACUGCAACAAGCUUUUGAAUGACAAAAAUAUGGUUUUCAACCAAAUUAUAGUGAAGAUGGAAAACUUGUCUACGUUUGCCCCUUCAUUACGUACGCUUCUGAAGGCCACACGCCCCCUACAGGAAGCUUUACAAAUGCCAAUAGAACAGAAAUGGAAACUAGAGCAGAAAGUACACAUGUUACCACAGCAUUUAUAUUUGGCUUACGUAAAUUUACGCGCAAUAGAGCAACUAGAAGGAGGAUUUGAUCUAAUCGUACUUGGAACGGAAGAGGAAUUAAAAAUAUACGAAAUGAAAAAGAAUGAAACAAGUAACCUCCUAGAUCAAUCAUCCUUGCUUCUACCACAUCCACUUUCACUUCAAAUUAAGUUUAUUGACGCGAAUUUUCCAAAUGACUACAUCGCUGUUAGAGUCUAUCAUUUACCAUUACUUGGAAUUGUUACUGGUCAUUGCGAGAUACAUUUAAAUGAAAAUCAAAUAAAUCAUUCCGAAAGUAAUGUUUUACAAGAUUUUCUAAAGUUUAUAGGCGAAGAUGAUAUGGGCGAUACGGUACCAUAUACCACUGCUAGUUUAAAUCUACAAAAUCACAACAUAUCCCUGGGGGAAUUUCAAAAAAAAAUUGCCAAGCAUAAUUUAGGAAAGCCAUAUCGCUGGCUUCAACAUUUAUGUGGUAAUACAUCGUGUAACAGUGUUAAAAAUGAUCACAAUAAGAUCCACAAAUUAAAAGAUUUUACAUCCGAUUGUGUCAAAAAAAUAAAAUGUUAUUGGCAUUCUCGACUAAUUUUGAUAACACAGAUUCGGUCGUUUAUGAAUAAGAACCUCGAUGAAUACAUUGACAAUAAAAUGGGAUGUGCAAAGCCGAAUUGUGCACUAGUACAGUGGUCGGCAAUAUCUUGGGAGGAAUAUGAAGGAUCUGAAACGACCGCGCAACUAAUAAAUCAGAAACUGACCGAUGAAACCUGCAGUUUCUUUAGAGCGGUUAUAGUACUGAGUUCCGCAAAAAUGGAAUGUCUAAUAAGUAUAUCAAACAAAUAUCCCAUGAACAUACCAUUGUGGACAAUCACAGUGCAUUGGAAUGGUCAUCACAAUGCAUUGAAUAAUUCAUCAAUUAAAAUUAUGGAACUUUACACAAACUCUUUAAAUGAUUCCAAGGCAUCAUCAUUAAACCUUUUGGCUAAGCAAUUAUUGCGUACUAUGUACAGCUUUGAUAUAUUUCUCGAAACGGAGGGCCCGCUUUAUCAGCCAUUAGAGUACAACAAAGAAAAGAGUUUCAUCAAAUCAUUUUCUAAACGUAUACGUGUAAGGCCUUAUAAAAAAAUUAUAAAGGGAUCUAUUAACUAUUUUAAGCAAUAAUAGCCAUAGAAAAUAACUAGAGAGGGUGGUUCGAAUCGGAAACCACAGCAGGCAAAAAAUCUAACUUUAAAAAAUAUAUUAUUUUGUUAUUAUUACCCAUCUACAUGUAACAUUUAUUCAAAAUGUCGCAAUGUUUUCAUCGAAUCAUUCUUUGUAGUCAUAUUGUUCUAUGGUAAUAAUUUUUAAUUCAUUGUUUAAAGAAUAACUGAAUAAAAUACAGCUAAUGUUUAAUCCGCA